AGUUCCUGCCCUAAAGGGCUAGGCGUGGCUGGGCUCUCUGAAGGGCCAAGUGCCUGGUGCUGCUCUCAGCUAGACGGGGGGUGCUCCACGCCAGCCCUGGAGCGACUCGUUGGACCCACCGACUUUCCUCCCUCUGGCUCAGCAGUGAGAGGCCUCGGCCGAUCCUGCAAACGUCCUGUCCCCCGUAAGGGAGUAACCUGGCUGGGUGGCGGAGACGAGCCGCCCUGCAAGGCGAGGGGAAGGGCUAGUGUCCUGCCAGGCCCUUAGCAGGGGUUUUCCUGGAGGAGAGUGGGGGAGGGGGGCUGCUUUGAAUGGUGGAACAUCCUGAAAGGCAGGUCCGAGACCAGGCACCGCCGUGGUGGGAGAUGGAGCGGCCUGCCCGUGUGGGUCAGACCCCCUGCAAUUGGCUAACCAGUGCAACUCCAUUCCUAGAGGAAACUCCUUUUCCGCUCUGCCUGCCAGCCUACCCCAGCAACUCCCGUGCUGCACUGCCAGGCCUGGGCCGGUCUGCCCAGCGCUGCUGGUGGAAGGCGGGCCUGGGAGGGGCGGCUGGAGCCGCCUGCUUCAGGGAGGGAGAAAGGAGCUUUGAGUUGCCACUGGCAAAGCUCUGGGGCUCCCGAAGCGCCUCUCUCCGGGGCGACUUGCCCGUGGACAGCAGCACGCUCAGCCCGGCUUCCAAGGCUCACGGUGACUGCAGGGAGGGAGGCGUUGCCAGCCAGGGGGCAAGCAGAGGGGUAGAGCCCCGGCCUGGGGCCGCUCCGGCGCAGACAGACCGCUUCCUUUCGGAGGGCUCGCAAGCGAGACGGGAAGCAGGUUACCUUGCAGCGAGCUGGGGGGCGUGGGCAGCAGCAGGAAGGAUUCCCCCGCAGAUCUGCAUUCUCGAGCACCUGGGAACCCAUGAGGGCAAAGACCAGAUCCCGCGGGGGUUUCCAGUUACAAGGAAGGAGCGAGUGCAGAAGGGAUUUCUCCUCGCCUCGGCUGACGGGCUUGUGCAGGGCUGAGCGCACGGUGCCUGCCUUUUCUUCCCCUUUCUCCUGCCGGAUAUCUGAUCUCGGCCCUGCGGGGGCCGCAGGUGAUGGGCACUAAAUUGUGCGUCUCUGCCGUCGGGCAGCUGUGAACGGAGGAGCCAUGGAACUACCUGUUGGGUCCCAGGACUGGGAGGAGCGCCGUUCCGGUUCCGAGGCGGCCGCAUGGAGCGGGGACAGCUGCAACUGAGUGAUCGGUGAUUUUUUUCCCCCUUGUUGGCCACCCCGGCCCUUGCUUCGUGAGCACAGGAGGCAAAAGGGUGGACGUUAGCCAGGCUUCGGAGCACGGACCGGUGCCAGACAACGAACGUGCCUGUUCCCCUGGGCAGGGCCUGAGAAGCCAUUCUGCCCCUCUGCUGUGCGCUGCCGGGUGUGCCGGCCGAGGCGGGGCUGGCCCCACUGGCUUGCCGCAGGACGGAGCGGUUGUGUCGCUCUGCGGGGGAGAGAUUUCUCGUCCCUGCGUGGCGUCCACUGGGCUGAGGGGGUGUCUCACCCGCUGUGCCGUGCGCGUUGCUUGUCGGCUGGUUCGCUCGGUGGGGGGUUUCUGGACUUCCAACUCAGGGGAGAGACUCCAGGGCUGUGAGGCUGGGAAGCCCAGCAAGGCAGGCAGGGGAAAGCUGGGGAAAGGGUGGUUAUGGGGCAGCCCCCUCGCUCUCCGGAGGGUCUGGUGGAGCCCCAGAAAGCAGCCAGGCUCCAGGGGUAAGACGAGUUUGCACCAUU